AUGGGCUUCAAGUCUCUCUUUGCUGCCGUUGCGCUCGUCACUGCCGUCUCUGCCCAGCUCUCGGGUAGCGUUGGUCCUACGACUCCUCUCUCGCAGAAGAGCCACAUUUGCAAUGUCCUCGACUACGGCGGGAGCGUCGGCUCGAGCGACAUUGGUCCUGCCAUCACCAGCGCGUUCAACAACUGUGUCCUGAAAAACUCCGGGUCGACCCUGUAUGUCCCCGCCGGCAACUACAACAUGGCCACUUGGGUUGACCUCAAGGGGGGUACCAAGUGGGCAUUCCGCCUCGAUGGUUUCAUCACCCGGACAUCGACCACUGGCGGCAAUAUGAUCGCGAUCGAGACUGCCAAUGACUUCGAGUUCUACUCCGCCAAUAGCGCUGGAGGCAUUCAAGGUUACGGUUACCAGUGUCGCAAUGCGGGCCCACGUCUGAUCCGCAUCGUCAACUCCCAGAACUGGUCCAUCCACGACCUCGUCCUCGUCGAUUCGCCUGAGUUCCACCUGGUCAUCCAGUCUGGACAGAACGGAGAGAUCUACAACUUGGCAAUUCGGGGUGCCAACAUCGGUGGUUCCGAUGGUGUGGACGUGUGGGGAACCAACUACUGGAUUCAUGACGUCGAGGUCACCAACCGCGACGAGUGCGUUACUGUCAAGUCCCCCGCGAACAACAUUCUGAUUGAGCGCAUUUGGUGCAACCAAUCGGGCGGGAGCGCCAUCGGCAGUCUAUCAGAUGGCACCGCGAUCGAGGACGUGAUCUACAGGAACAUCUACACUAAUGGCGGCAACCAGGCGUUCAUGAUCAAGAGCAACCUUGGCUCUGGUUACGUGAGGAACGUGCAGUUCCAAAACUUCAUCUCGAGGGGCACCGCGUACGGCCUCGAUAUCAACCAAUACUGGUCGUCGCAAUCCCCUGGCACAGGGGCAGGUGUUGAGCUCUCGAACAUAACCUUCUCAAACUGGGAUGGUAAUGUCGUAGAUGGCGUUGCGCGACCCCCUAUCCAGCUCAUUUGCGCGGACGGUGCCCCUUGCCACGGUAUCACUCUAAGCAACGUGAACAUGUGGUCGCAGACCAACAAGGCCGUCGUGAAAUGCGAGAGCGCAUACGGCAGCGGUCUCUCAUGCAUCAAGGGCGGCUCAUCGUACACGUCCUAUGCGAUUGUGACGCAGUCCGCGACUCAGCCGCCGGGCUACUCGACCCCGACGACACUGGCUGGAGAUCUCUCUUCUGGCUUCGCCACGAACGCUGCUAUUCCGACACCGACAAUUCCGACUACAUUUUACCCUGGUCUUCCCCAGAUAAGUCCGCUUGCGAAGAACCAAUGA